AUGGCGCCCAAGCUGUGCGUGAUCUGCAACAAGGAACGUGCCGUUCUGCGGCGGCCAAAGACAGCGCAGCAGAUCUGCAAGGAGUGCUUCUUCUACGUCUUUGAGACCGAGGUGCACCACACCAUUGUCUCGAACAACCUCUUCCAGCGCGGCGACCGCGUGGCCAUCGGCGCAUCGGGCGGAAAAGACUCGACGGUGCUGGCGCACUGCAUGAAGGUGCUCAACGAGCGCUACGACUACGGCCUCGACCUCUUCCUGCUCAGCAUCGACGAGGGCAUCACGGGCUAUCGCGACGACUCGCUCGAAACGGUCAAGCGCAACCAGCAGCAGUACCAGCUGCCGCUCAAGGUGCUUGGCUAUGGCGAGCUGUAUGGCUGGACUAUGGACGAUAUUGUCAAGAGCGUCGGGCGCAAGAACAACUGCACCUUUUGCGGCGUCUUUCGCCGACAGGCUCUCGACCGUGGCGCAGCGGCGCUGGGCGUCGACCACAUUGUGACAGGCCACAAUGCCGAUGACGUCGCCGAGACCGUGCUGAUGAACGUGCUGCGUGGCGACAUUGCACGCUUGGAGCGAUGCACCGAGAUCGUCACCAAGGGUCCUGACGGCAGCGAAGAUCCCGAGCACGAUGGCUGCGGCGCCAGUGGGUCCAACGGCAUCGGUGUCGGAGGCAGCGGGAUCCGACGCAGCAAGCCGUUCAUGUAUGCCUACGAAAAGGAGAUCGUCAUGUACGCCUACUUUAAGAAGCUCGACUACUUUUCCACCGAGUGCAUCUACUCGCCCAACGCGUACCGCGGCUACGCACGCACGUUCCUCAAGGACCUCGAAGCCAUUCGGCCGUCGACGAUCGUCGACAUUAUCCAGUCCGGGCAGAAUCUCAAGAUCUCAAGCGUGGUCAAGCAGAGCCGCAAGACGGAGCUGCAGAACUGCGUGCGCUGCGGCUACAUCUCGUCCAACACCGUGUGCAAGGCGUGCAUCCUGCUCGAAGGGCUCGAAAAGGGGACGCCCCAGCUGGGGAUCGGUAGCGAAAAGUCGAGAAAGAUCAAAGACAUCCGCACCGACAAUGCGGCCAAGGCGCAAGAGGAGGCGGGCGGGGAGAGGAGGAUCCCACAGUGGACAGGCGUCGCACGCAACGCUCCGCCCAUCAGCACCCUUCCCUUUGUUCCACCCCAACGCAAACCGGAUCUUUCGUUUUGA